UUUUCAGAUUCUUCAUUUCUUCCACUCAUCCAGCGAAGACAAUUGGAGAAAAGCGCGAUCCUCGUGAAUCCGUUUCGUUGCACUAUCCUCGGGUUUAAAUCGCCUGCAGCGCGCACACCCUAGUCUCCGUCGCCGGAAAAUGGCCUCCGACGGAGCUACUUCGGCGGCGGCGGCGGCGAGUAGGAGAAAGCCGUCGUGGAGGGAGAGAGAGAAUAACCGAAGGAGAGAACGGAGGAGAAGAGCGAUCGCGGCGAAAAUAUACUCUGGACUUCGAGCUAUGGGGAACUAUAACUUGCCGAAGCACUGUGACAACAACGAAGUUCUCAAAGCGCUUUGUGCCGAAGCUGGUUGGUGCGUCGAAGAAGACGGCACUACCUAUCGUAAGGGUUGCAAGCCACCUCUGGCCAAUGGUGCAGGGAACUCAAUGAGAAACGUUCCCUUUUGCUCUUCUCAAAGCCCAAGUCCUUUUUCUUCGUCGUACCCCAGUCCAAUUCCUUCAUACCAAGUGAGUCCUUCUUCCUCCUCUUUCCCAAGCCCGUUUCGGUUAGAUGUGGAUAAGGAUAAUGUAUCAAACCUCAUUCCAUACAUUCGCAAUGCGUCCCUGUCUCUUCCUCCUCUGAGGAUAUCAAACAGUGCCCCUGUGACGCCGCCUCUUUCAUCACCUACAUCAAGAAAUCCAAAACCAAUUCCUACAUGGGAGUCUAUUGCCAAAGAAUCCAUGGCUUCCUUUAAUUACCCUCUCUUUGCAGCUUCUGCUCCUGCCAGCCCCACUCACCGUCAUCUUUACACCCCGGCCACUAUUCCAGAAUGUGAUGAGUCUGAUACUUCCACCUGUGAGUCUAACCAGUGGAUGAAAUUCCAAGCAUUUGGUCCUUCUGCAUCUACGUUACCAGCUUCUCCAACUUUCAAUCUUGUUAAACCUUUGGUUCCACACCGUGUGCCUGUUAACUCAAUCCAAGAGAUGAGGACGAGUUCAGAAGAGUUUGGGGUACAGGUAAAGCCUUGGGUUGGGGAGAAAAUUCAUGAAGUGGCAUUGGAUGAUUUGGAACUAACGCUUGGAAGCGGGAAGGUGCGGAGUUAGGCUGCUGACAGAAUUGCUUCAUCUUGGUGAUUUGAAAUUGAAGUUUCAAGUUUUGUCAAGUUUCUUGUCUGUCAAAAAGCUCACAAGACCAGAUUAUUUGUUAAUGUCGUACAUUUAAAUUAUAUUGUUCUUGUUCUUUGUAUCAAAUAGUUUGUAUGUGAUUUUUAUUUUUACCAACAGGUUUGUAGUGAGCUCAAAGUGAAAUAGUAGUCUCUAUUGUUUUCUACCAAUUGAACCCAUUGAUAACUUAAUGAGCCCAAAGCGGCGUGAACUAUAAUAUGGAAUUAUGUUACUAGUCUCUGGUCAUGAAGCCAUCUGGCACUGUGUAUAACAUGUGAUGUGUUGUGCAGGAGAUGGGGUUUCUUUGGAAAGAAGUAUAAGAUUUGAUGUUGUAUUUCCCUUCUGGUUUGACAAUUUGGUAUAUUUUUUUAUGUGUAAUUUAUCUGUUUCUAACAGCUUCAGUAAUGGCUGCUUGUUUUUAAAUUGUGAUUUAUUUUCGGCAUAAU